UUUUGGUCAAAAAGCCCAUUGACUAAGAAAGAGGAGUGCAGUGGCAGGAAAAGGUACCAGCUAUUUCUACAUUCCCUGCCCUAAAUUUGAGUGCUGGUUCACUUACACCCACAAUCCAAACAUAGUAGUCUCAGAAUUGAGCCUAUAUAACCACCAAAACUAAACCCCCUCAUAUGGAGCCUCUCCAAACCUAAACACCCCCAACAUUCACUCUUAUCUCAACAUUUUCACCUCCACUUCACCCAAUCAUGGCAGAUAGCAGCAGCAGCAGCAGCAAGAGCAAUUCCCUCAUCCACCACACCACAACCCGCAAGGGUGGUUGGCAUGCAGCCAUCUUCAUCAUAUUUGUGGAAUUUGCUGAGAGAUUUGCAUACCAAGGCUUGGCUAGCAAUCUCAUCACAUACCUCACAAAUGUUCUGAAUGAACCCAUCACCACAGCUGCAAAAGAUGUCAACACAUGGGUUGGUGCCUCAGCCCUCUUUCCUUUGCUUGGUGGCUUCAUAGCAGAUUCCUAUGUGGGUCGCUUCAACACUAUUCUCUUGUCUUCACUCAUUUAUCUCGUGGGCAUGAUUUUCUUGACACUUUCGGUGUCAGCACUUAGGAACAAAAUCCUUUUUUUUGUGGCACUUUAUGUGCUUGCCAUUGGCGAUGGAGGUCACAAGCCCUGCGUUCAAACCUUCGCCGCCGAUCAGUUCGACGAAGAUACGCCGGAGGAGAAGGAUGCCAAGAGCUCUUUCUUCAACUGGUGGUACCUGGGGAUCGUUGCUGGCUCAACUGCUUCAGUUUUUGUAGUAAUAUAUCUUCAGGACAAUGUUGGGUGGGGAGUGGGGUUAGGAGUGCUGGCAGCAGUGUUGGCUUUGGCAUUGGCACUCUUCUUGUUGGGAAUCAAAAGGUACAGAAGGGAAAGCCCUUCAGGGAGCCCAUUCACAAGGCUGGCCCAAGUCUUUGUUGCCGCAGCUCGCAAGUGGCGCGUGCAAGACACGCUCAGUCAAGUCAAUUAUUGCUAUGAGGAGGUGGAGGAGGAGCAUCAUGAGCCCCAUCAUCAUCUGCAUGUUCAACCCAAAUUUCACACUUUGCUCCAUACUCAUCAAUGCAGAUUUUUGGACAAGGCAGCUAUCAUUGAUGACAUUGAUGCCAAAAGCAAAAAGAGAGACCCUUGGAGGCUAUGUUCAGUGACACAAGUUGAAGAAACGAAGCUUGUGCUUCGCCUCAUCCCAAUAUGGCUAAGUUGUUUGAUGUUCACAGUUGUCCAAGCUCAAGUACAUACAUACUUCAUCAAGCAAGGUGCUACAAUGAUCCGUUCCAUAGGGCCAAACUUCCAAAUCCCCCCAGCAUCACUUCAAGGACUUGUCGGUCUCACAAUCCUCUUUGCUGUGCCAUUGUAUGACAGAGUUUUUGUGCCACUGGUGAGAAAAUUCACAAAGCAACCCACUGGCAUAACAGUAUUACAAAGAAUUGGAAUUGGUAUAUUUUUGUCUAUAAUCACAAUGGUUGUUUCAGCUCUUGUGGAGGCCAAAAGGGUUGGUGUUGCUAGGGACCAUGGUCUAAUUGAUGAUCCUAAAGCAGUGUUGCCAAUAAGCAUUUGGUGGCUGCUUCCUCAGUACAUGAUCACUGGAAUUGCUGAUGCAUUCACAAUUGUGGGAUUGCAAGAGUUGUUCUAUGAUCAAAUGCCAGAGACAAUGAGAAGCUUGGGGGCUGCAGCAUAUAUAAGCAUAAUAGGAAUUGGAAGCUUUCUUAGUAAUGCUAUUAUAGUUAUUGUGGUGGCAAUUACAUCGAGGACUGGUGAGAAAUGGUUGGGGAACAACCUCAAUAGGGCACACCUUGAUUACUAUUAUUGGGUUGUGGCAGGGUUAAGUGCAAUUAGUAUGUGUAUUUAUGUGUGGCUUGCCAAAAUUUAUGUUUAUAAAAAGAUAGAUGGGGGUCAAAGAAGAGACCAGCAAGGUUCUAGUCACAACAAAUAUCGACCUGGAGUUUGAGGAGAAAAAAACAAGUUUGGCUUUUGCUUUAGCUAAUGCCACCUAUAUAAGUGUUAAUUCUAGUUAGAUAUUGUAAUUCCAAUAAUACUGAGCUAUAAAUAUAGUUGCUCCUUGGUUUUCAAUCUGAGUGAAUUCAGUAAAUGAUCCUAUAUAUAUAGAGAGAGAGAGUUGAUGGAAUAAAAGGGCAUUUUAGUUAAAUGUAAUUAUAUUUAUUUAAAAUUAAAAUAUU